AUGGAUGAUCUAGCCCACUUGGAGAUAGCUUCGAGUGAUCUUUCAGCAGCAAUCGAAAGACUUACUGCAUAUUACAGAGAUAGAAGAGACAACCAAGGUGGUUCAAAUGCUCGGCCACCGCAGCUAAUACCGAUAGGAGCACCGGCAGAGGCCCACCGUGCAAGAGAAUCAGCUUUGGCGAGCCUGAACAAAUUGCAAGUAAUGCUGGCUGGACCGACGGAUCUACUUCAGAGUUUGGCUUGGCAGGUACAAACCUCAAAGGGCUAUGUAUCCCACAGCGAGCUCUCAGCAGCGUUCGUGACCAAGCCAUCUUAUCUAGAUGCAACAAUUUUCUUGGCUGAGACAGCCGUUUCAGCCGCCUUGGACAUGGCAACGACCAUAAAGCAGUAUUGUGACACUACUGAGCGAAAGGAUGGUGCUCCUUCUUCUUCUGCCUUCGCCACUAUCAGUGAAGCUGAAUUUUCUCGUCUGCAGCGGCAAAGGCAGGCCUAUCUCAGAUAUGGAAUAGGACAUUUGUGUGAUACAGUUACAGAUGUCUUGACCUGUCUGGAAGGGAUCGGCAUGUCCAACGAGUCUACUGUGGUAGAGGUAUUUUGCCCCUUGUCCCACGUGUCUCUAUAUGUCACUCAUGUAGAACUUGACGAAGGUUGGCACACUAUCCACGGAGCGAGCAGUCGCUCUCGCAGCCCAAUAUCCGUCGCUCUACUUCACAUUACAACUCCCAUUCUCCACACACGACAAAAAUCGCAACCCGCAUCCCCGGAUAACUACCUCGCACCGACAGCCAGGAUCACCACAACCAAUACUGAAUGCGGCGUUCUACAUCCUCAAUUUUCCAUUCCCCACCCCGGGCUCACCAUAUGCCUCAAUGGCAACGCAAAUAACUGCCGAGCUGCGCGCUCAUCUACCAGUCCUCAGGCUUAA